GACCUUAUCCUAAAGAUUUGUUUGCGGACAAACAUGUCAAAGAGAUAAAAGAUGAAAUACGAGGCUGAACAACGCUCCUCACCGCCCUGCUUUCCUCUCUAUUUUAGUUUCCCACAAAACAUUCGCGCGUGUCAGACAUUACUGAGACAGGACCACAGCCCAGCUGACGUUUGCGUGAGAGGAGGAGUCCUUCAGACAGCAUCACUUUGAGAAAUGUUCAAGCAAGUCACCGAGGUACCACAGACACUUUGUUCACUCUCGCCAUGUUGGUCAGAACAGUCCGAGCUGAUACAAGAAGUUUAGUGGAUGGCCGGGUCGUGCGCCCUAUAUAUGAACUGUGAGCGCAAUGUUUUGAUGGAGAAGGACAUUGUAUGGGUCUACGUGCUGUACAAGUAGCAUCCAUAGGGAAGAAGAAACCUUGAUGCGAGGAGGAGACAGACUUCAAACGGACAAAGGCUGAAAUAAAUAGUAACAACAUGUAAUUCUGUUAAUUAGGGUUGGAAAAGGCGCUUUGUGGAUAUUUGACAGUCAGCGCAUUAAUGGGUUUAACAACUGAACGACUCGCUUGAAUUUUCCAACUGGCUGGUGCUCCGAACUUGGCACUGCUGCGCUGCAGUAAAACCCAGCAGGGCAGCAUCUAAAUCAGUCAUCAUCUAGAAGUCAGACAUGGUAAUGACCAACAGGUCCCAUCGUAACCCCUCCAUCCUCCACGUGGAAUUCAGCCCGCUAAAUAACUUCAUGGAAGACAACGAAACGAACUCCACCGCCGGAGACCAAAACUAUAUGGGCUGCGUGCAGAUCCGCAUACCGCAGGAGCUCUUCCUGGCACUGGGGCUUAUCAGCCUGGUGGAGAACAUCCUGGUGGUUCUGGCCAUCAUCAAAAACCGCAACCUGCACUCGCCCAUGUACUACUUCAUCUGCUGCCUGGCGGUGUCCGACAUGCUGGUCAGUGUCAGCAACGUGGUGGAAACCAUAUUCAUGCUCCUCCACGACCACGGCCUGAUGGACAUGCACCCUGGUAUGCUGCGCCACCUGGACAACGUCAUUGACGUGAUGAUCUGCAGCUCCGUAGUGUCCUCGCUCUCCUUUCUGUGCACCAUCGCUGCGGACCGCUACAUCACCAUCUUUUACGCGCUGCGUUACCACAGCAUCAUGACCACGCAGCGCGCUACCGCCAUUAUCGUGGUGGUGUGGCUGGCCAGCAUCACCUCCAGCAUCCUCUUCAUCGUGUACCACACCGACAACGCUGUGAUCGUGUGCCUGGUGACCUUCUUCUGCACCACCCUGGUGUUUAACGCCGUGCUGUACCUGCACAUGUUCCUCCUGGCGCACUUGCAUUCCCGGCGCAUCGUGGUUUUCCACAAAAGCAGGCGCCAAUCUACGAGCAUGAAGGGAGCGAUGACCCUCACCAUCCUGCUCGGGGUCUUCAUUAUAUGCUGGGGCCCCUUCUUCCUCCACCUUAUCCUCAUCCUCACCUGCCCCACUAGCCCCUUCUGCAACUGUUUCUUCCGAAACUUUAACCUUUUCCUCAUCCUUAUCAUCUGCAACUCGCUCAUCGACCCGCUCAUUUACGCCUACCGCAGCCACGAGCUGCGUAAAACUCUGCAGGAGUUGGUCCUGUGUUCUUGGUGCGUCGGUGUGUGACAUUUAGGAAAAUAACAAAAGCCUCAGGUUGGCAGUACCUCUUCUUCUUGAAUAAUGUACAUUGUGUCAGAAACAGCCAAAAUAUAAAACAGCCUAGACUUUUUAAUAAUGUCUAUAGAUAAUAAAUGAAUUGUCCUGAAAUGAAGAUACAACCUAUUGAUCUGUAAAAUAAGAAUCUUACUAUUUUCCUUAUCUUCUUUUUAUUAUUAUCCUAUAUCCUUUCUUUAUUGAGCCUAAGAAUUUGUUGUAAAUAGGACCUACAUUUUAGACUCUAACUGCCCUUUAGAAAAACUGAAAUGCAGUCAUAUACAGUAUGUGCCUUUGAGCCAUAAAGUGUAAAAUUGUAUUUAGUAUUUUCCAUACAUAAUAAUAACAAUAAUAAUAAUAAUAAUAAUACAUGUUAUUUAUGGGCGCCUUUCAUAGCACUCAAGGACACCUUACAGUUAAAACAAGCAAAAAUACAGUUAAAAAGUUAAAAGUUAAAAACAAACACAUUUAAAAGAUUGAGAUAGAAAAUUAAAAUAAAGCAAUCUAU